AUGCAGUUUGCAAAAAGAAGCAUCUUGAUGACUUUACCAUCUAUUGGAAAUCUUGCCUUCCAUUUCAAAUCUGCAUUGGACAUUUUCCAUCCUCAGUCCAGCCUGAAUACCCUGCCCCUGAGUAUAUUCCGAAAAGAGAUAGCGACUCCCUCUGCAACCCUCCUCAUGCAUCGUUCCAGAGGUCUUCUAGAGCUUUCAGGUGCUCAGCCAGCAGCUUUACCUAGCAGGAUAGGACUGGAUAAUAGCAAUGUGAAGUCAAACCAAGCAGUGCGUCAUUUAAAAAUUGAAGACUUUGAAAUUGGGCGGCCCCUAGGCAAGGGCAAGUUUGGGAAUGUGUACCUUGCUCGGGAAAAGAAUAGCCAAUUCAUUGUGGCACUGAAGGUUCUCUUCAAGUCUCAGAUGGAAAAGGAGGGUGUAGAACAUCAGCUCCGAAGAGAGAUUGAGAUCCAGUCCCAUCUUCGGCACCCCAACAUCCUUCGCCUCUAUAAUUACUUCCAUGAUCGUCGUCGGGUUUAUCUGAUUCUGGAAUAUGCGCCUCGGGGAGAACUCUACAAGGAACUGCAGAAGAGUCGUACAUUUGACCAGCUACGCACAGCCACGAUCAUGGAGGAGCUUGCAGAUGCCUUAAUCUACUGCCAUAAGAAGAAAGUGAUUCACAGAGACAUUAAACCUGAGAAUCUACUCAUGGGACUUCGAGGAGAGCUCAAGAUUGCUGACUUUGGCUGGUCUGUCCAUGCCCCCUCUCUUAGGAGGAAGACAAUGUGUGGGACCCUAGAUUACCUUCCCCCUGAGAUGAUUGAAGGACGUACACAUGAUGAGAAGGUGGAUCUUUGGUGCAUUGGAGUACUGUGCUAUGAGCUACUAGUGGGAAAUCCUCCUUUUGAAAGCUCCUCUCACAGUGAGACCUAUAGACGGAUCACCAAGGUGGACCUGAAAUUCCCUUCAUCUAUGCCUUCUGGAGCCCAGGACCUGAUCUCUAAGCUGCUCCGGCAUAACCCCUCAGAGCGACUUCCCCUCACUCAGGUCUUGGAGCACCCCUGGGUGCAGACUCAUUCCCGGAGAGUGCUUCCCCCUUGCUCGCCCCAACCUGCCCACUGAAUCCUGUCUUAUGUAUAGAUUUAUGUGCUUUUUGUAUGUUGAAAGGAAAUGAAGUGAGAGGAUAGAUACUUGAC